CAUGUUUGCACGCUCGGCCAGCUAUCCCCGAGUGCUUCGUCCCCACCAAUUUCUAUCUUCCAGUCCCUCUCAAGUAUUCACUUUCACUAUUUCCAUCUUUAACUGUCUGCGAUUUUGCGGAAGCUGCUCUGAUUCAGAUCCGAAGCACUGAGGCUAGGGUUUAUUGUUUUUUUCCUUCUUCAUCACCAUCGAGAUGGAGGAGGCGCUGGAGAUGGCGCGGGCCAAGGACACGAAGGAGCGCCUGGCGGCAGUGGAGCGCCUUCACCAGUCUCUGGAAUCUUCACGGAGGAGUCUCUCCUCCGGCGAGGUCACUGCGCUCGUCGACUGCUGCUUGGACCUUUUGAGGGAUAACAAUUUUCGAGUGUCACAGGGUGCCCUGCAGGCCCUCUCUUCUGCUGCCGUCCUUGCUGGCGAGCACCUUAAGCUCCAUUUUAACGCCCUUGUUCCCACAAUCGUUGAGCGUCUCGGUGAUGGCAAGCAGCCCGUCCGGGAUGCCGCACGGCAGCUCCUUAUCACGCUCAUGGAGGUAUCAUCGCCAACAAUUAUUGUUGAAAGGGCUGGGAGUUAUGCCUGGACUCACAAAAGCUGGCGAGUCCGAGAAGAGUUUACACGCACGGUUGCCACAGCUAUUGGCCUCUUUGCAUCCACAGAACUUACUUUGCAACGAGUUUUACUCUCCCCAGUCCUACAGCUGUUUAAUGAUCCAAAUCUUAGCGUCAGAGAAGCUGCAGCUUCAUGCAUUGAGGAGGCAUACUCUCAAGUUGGACCUCAGUUUUUUGAAGAACUUCAACGCCACCAUCUUUCAUCAUCCUUGAUUAAAGAUAUUAAUGCUAGGUUGGAACGAGUAGAAGCAAAGGUUCGUAAAUCAGAUGUUACUGGAAAUCAUUUUGUUUGUACUGAAACCAAAUCAGCUCCUGCUAACCAAAGAAAAGGCAGCCCAAGGACUAAGAUCACUCGCAGGGAGAUGUCACUUCUUGGAGGAGAAGCUGAUAUUACUGAGAAGCCUGUAGAACCAAUUAAACUGUACUCUGAGAAGGAACUCAUUAGAGAAAUUGAGAAGAUUGCAUCUAAUUUAGUACCCGAUAAAGAUUGGUCUCUCAGAAUCUCAUCCAUGCAAAGAAUUGAAGGCCUGGUUUAUGGAGGUGCUGUGGAGUACCCAUCCUUCCCUAUGGUCUUAAAGCAGCUUGUUCCUUCUUUAACUGCUCAGCUAUUAGAUAGACGAUCAAGCAUAGUGAAACAGGCCUGCAAUCUGCUAAACUUUUUAUCCAAGGAACUUCCAGGAGACUUUGAGGUCUGUGCAGAGAUGUUCAUUCCGGUACUUUUUAAGCUUGUUGUGAUAACUGUACUUGUAAUAGCGGAAUCUGCAGACAACUGCAUAAAAACGAUGUUGCGGAAUUGCAAGGUUGCUCGUGUUCUUCCACGUAUAUCAGAUUCUGCAAAGAGCGACCGUAAUGCAGUUCUUCGUGCCAGGUGUUGCGAAUAUGCAGUUCUGAUACUGGAGUACUGGGCUGAUGCUCCAGAAAUACAAAGAUCGGCUGAUCUUUAUGAAAAUCUUAUAAAGUGUUGUGUUGCUGAUGCAAUGAGUGAGGUUCGUUCAACUGCACGGGCUUGUUACCGAAUGUUUUCAAAGACUUGGCCGGAACGUUCUCGGCGUCUUUUUCAAUCAUUCGAUCCUGUCAUACAAAGGUUACUAAAUGAUGAAGAUGGUGGUAUGCAUAAAAGAUAUGCAUCCCCAUCACUACUCGAGAGAGGACUCCAGCUUUCACGGUCAUCAUCUCAUGCUGGAACUGCAAAUUUACCUGGAUAUCAGACAUCAGCUAUUGUUGCAAUGGACAGAAGUUCUAGUCUUGCUUCUAGGGAGUCACUUUCUGCAGGCAGCCAUGCUUUUUCACAGCUGAAACCACUUGAGAAAUAUUCUGAAAGAAGCCUUGAAAGUGUGCUUAAUUCAAGCAAACAGAAAGUUUCAGCCAUUGAAAGUUUACUGAGAGGUGUUAACAUAUCUGGGAAGCAAAGGAAUUCUAGUGCACAUUCGACCAGUUUGGAUUUAGGAGUUGAUCCUCCAUCUACUUGUUCUCCGCCUGUUCCGGCAACUGUUCCUGCUUCAAGUCAUCUUUCUUCACGUAAUUCACUGCCAACUGAUUCAACCAUAGCUAAAAUGUCUAGAAGCGGUGCUAGGAUUGCUGGUUCUAGUUUAUCUAAUGUCAUGAAUUCUCAGAAUCAAGCUGUUGAUGAUCAUUCUAAAUAUGGUAGUUUACCAUCUGACUCGUUGUCAGAGUUAUCUUUGCCUAACAUUAUCAGGAAGUAUUCUGAAAAAGCCCAAGGUGGAUUCAAUUCGGAACAUAAUAUUGAUUCCAGGUUUAAGAAACUUUCAAAUAUGCAGUUAGAUAGACAUUAUCAGGAUGCAUCUUGCAGCGAGGCAGACUUUAGGGAUCCAUACAAUAAUUAUGUUCCUAAUUUUCAGCGGCCACUUCUUAGAAAGCAAGGUACUGGAAGGUCCUUAGUAAGUGGACGUAACAGUUUUGAUGAUGGCCAACUUCAAGUAAGCCAAUUGUCCAAUUAUAUGGAUGGUCCAACUUCUCUUGGUGAUGCUCUUGCUGAUGGUCUGAGCUCUACUUCAGAUUGGGUGGCUAGGGUUUCUGCUUUCAACUUUCUGCAGAAUUUGUUAGAACAUGGGCCAAAAGGUAUACAGGAAGUCACACAGUGUUUUGAGAAAGUCAUGAAGUUGUUCUUUCGACACCUGGAUGAUCCUCACCAUAAAGUGGCACAAGCUGCUCUUUCUACUCUCUCAGCGAUCAUCCCUACAUGUCGAAAGCCUUUUGAAAGCUAUCUCGAGAGAAUCUUACCGCAUGUGUUUUCACGGUUAAUUGACCCAAAGGAGCCAGUCAGACAACCUUGUAGAACAACCUUAGAAAUUGUUGGUCGGACAUAUGGUAUUGAUUCUCUACUACCGGCUCUUGUUCGUUCUUUGGAUGAACAAAGGUCACCCAAGGCCAAAUUGGCUGUUAUUGAGUUUGCAAAUAUUUCCUUCAACAAACAUUCUCCAAACCCAGAAGGUUGUCUCAACAGUGGCUUCCUUAAACUAUGGCUUUCUAAACUGGCACCUUUUGUAUCUGAUAAAAACACAAAAUUAAAGGAAGCUUCUACAUGUGGCAUUAUAUCUGUUUAUUGUCAUUUUGAUACUACUGUGGUGCUUAAUUUUAUUCUUAGCUUGUCAAUAGAAGAACAGAACAUUCUAAGACGGUCACUAAAACAGUAUACUCCCCGUAUAGAGGUUGAUCUAGUGAAUUUCUUGCAGAGCAAGAAAGAAAGGCAACGUCCUAAAUCUUUUUAUGAUCAGACAGAUGUUGGAAAUUCAUCAGAUGAUUGCUACAAUGUGGUGUCGAAGAAGAGCCAAUAUCUUGGAAGGCAGUCGGGAGGUUCAACCGAGGAUGAUGGUGUGAGAAAAUGGAGUUCUAUGCAAGAAUCAAUUGCUGUUGAUGCUUCGAUUACACAGGGAGCUUCAGACGAAGCCCUAAGGCCAUGUAUAAACCUUGAACCAGGUUCUGAUAAUGAAAUUGUUGAUCGCCAUUGUAGAGAACUGAGAUGCAGUGUGGACAGUGUCUCAGAAAUUAAUAUGUUUAUGAAAAGCAGCGCUGUAAUUCCAAACACUUACAUUGAUAAUGAGAAUAACAUAACGAUUCCACAGCUUGAUAGCAGCAGAAUAGCAAGUUCUGAUGGUUCAAAGGUAAUUCAGUCUGGUGGGCAGAGCAUAGAUGGUUUAGAGAUUAUUUAUGAGAAAUUUAAUUCUGUGAGGAACAAUAUCCAAGUAGGUACUGGAAUAAAAAUUCUGCAAAUACUUCACGAUAUAAGCAGUAGCAGUGAUGAUAAUUCAAGUUUGAAUAAAUGUGAAGCACUGCAAAAUUUGGUUGAAGCUUCGGUGAUCAAUGAUAGCUCCGUUUGGACCAAGCACUUCAAUCAAAUAUUAACAGCUGUGCUUGAGCUAGUUGGUUGUCCUGAUUCUUCGAUAAGGGAGCUUACCCUUUCUUUGAUAGCGGAAAUGCUCACUAAUCAGAAAAAGGUGAUGGAAGAUUCGGUUGAACUUGUUAUUGAAAAAUUACUUCAUGUGGCCAAGGAUGCUGUAUCUAAGAUUUCAAAUGAGGUACAGCGAUGCUUGACAAUCUUGCUGACCCUUUACGAUCCAUUUAGAUGUCUUGCUGUCAUUGUACCCAUGUUAGUUAGUGAAGAUGAAAAGACGCUUGUUACUUGCAUCAACUGUUUGACCAAGCUGGUGGGUAGACUUUCAUACGAGAAACUGAUGUCUCAGCUGCCUUCAUUUCUUCCUGCUCUUUUUGAUGCAUUUGGAAACCAAAGCCCAGAUGUUCGAAAGAGCGUUGUGUUCUGUUUGGUGGAUAUCUACAUCAUAUUGGGUAAAGCAUUCUUACCCUAUCUCGAGGGACUCAGCAGCACACAGCUCCGCCUAGUAACCAUUUAUGCCAAUCGAAUUUCUCAAGCCAGAUCCGUUGCUCCAGCUGACGCUAACCAGCCCUGAAAACUUCCUUUUUGUUUUUUUUUUUUCUUUUGCUCUUUUUGAUGAGCCUAUCACACUUUGAUUGUUAAUUCAUUAUUGUUCAUUUUGUAUAGCCGAACAAGUUUUCUCGAUUGGGCAGUUUUUUUUUUUUAAUUUUUUUUUUU